AUGUCAAAGUCACUCGAUCCUAAGAACCUGCUCUGCCGAGCAGUCAGCCCUUACGACAAGAUUCCUAUAGGGAUCUUGACUUGUCAUCCUGGAAGCCGUGUCUCCUCAACUCUACUCGCCACUGUGGGGGAGAAUCUAGACAGCAACCAGCAAUUUCUUCAGAUUGAAUUGCAGGCAUCACAAACGGUGAAUUUGAAAAGUUUGCUAAAGAAUGUCAUUCAGAUUGCUGUCAGACAAGAGCGUGCAUUUGCUCAUGGACAUCUUAAUGGCGACAUUCCACAGGGUCCUUAUCUUAGUUAUGACUUUCAAAUUCUUUACGACAUUGUGAGCCGCCAAGCAUUGAAACAAGUUUUAUUGCUCUUUCCAGAUGGAGAAGCAUUGUCCGGAGAAGUUCUUUCUGAUUUCAUCAACAUACUUUCUUCCUGGCGAGAUCGAAUCCCGUUUGUCCUAUUUUUUGGCAUCAGCACAUCAGUGGAAUUGUUUCAAUCGAAGUUCACCAGUGAAGCUAUUCAAUGGCUUGAAGGGCAAGCCUUCAAGAUUCAGCAUAUCGAUGUCGAUCAGCUUCUCCUAGCUAGUAGCAAAAUCUUGGCGAAUGAUGAGGAUAUUAAUGAGGCCGACAAGGGCACUACCACCUCGCCAAAGGUGUGGCCUGGUCCACGCCUUCUUAAAUCGAUCUUUGACCGGCAGAGAGUUACAAUUCAGUCACCAACUGCUUUCGUUUUUUCGCUAAAAUACGCUUACAUGUCCCACUUCUACGCAAAUCCUUGGACAGCUGCACUUGCGCAUGACCACGAAGGAGGUAAGCCUGCCACAUUCAAAUUCUCUGCAUGCAGCACCAAUCAAGAUCCUAGGGAGUGUGAGCGGCUGCUAGAUCAACAUCGUCAUUCUGAAGUUAAAGAUUACCUGGAUAACGAAAAUGCCUUGGUAAGAUUAUUUGAAAAAGGACUUAAUCAUUGCAGCAUUACACUCACGUUGAUAAUCAAUGCGGUAUAUGCAUUGCAUGCCUUGCAAAAGAGGCUAACAAAGGAAUCUCUCCCAUGGUCAAAGGUCCAUAUUUUGGCAAUGUCCGGCAAACUCGUAGACUCGGAUUUCUUGGUUGAGCUUCUCUCGUUUUUUAAACAAGUCUCGUACAGGAAAAUGCUGGCGAUACUCGAAGACCUUGAGGAUUCUCAUAUGCUGCCUGAACUUGUAGUCAAGGAGCUCGCAAAUGUUCAUCAGGAGUUACUGCAGCUGACUGUCGAGGAAGAUGGCGAUCUUAGAAGCGGGCACGAUCUUCAAACCCAUAAUUUUCGAACGACUGUGGUCGCCCAGAAGGUCGAGUUGAGCCAGCAAACAGCGAAACUCACAAAAGCAGAGGCAGAAUAUACGAAGCUCCUCAAUAGAGGCCAUGCUCUUCUGGAACAAUAUCUUCGAGAUACACUAGUGGACCCCAGAGGAAUAUUUCCAUCUGAAGUACUCAUCUAUGAUCUUCCCUCACCACAUCGCGAGACAUUCAUGCCACGCACUCGCUCAAUGGUUGAAUGCGGCUUGUCCCAACCUCAAUAUUAUCUCGGACAUCGCGAAUAUCAAGCGUCAGAGGACGGGCUGACACCUGCGACUUCUGCUCUGUAUGAGAUGUAUCUAGAGGGUGGUAACCUCAUCAAUGGCGCAGAUAUUUGGUCUGCUUUUGAGACUUUUGUUGGGCCCAAGACUAAUGACACAGGGUAUCAACAAGAGCAAACACUGGUCUUGUUCACAAGGGCGCUGUCUGAGUUGAAAUAUUUGGGGUUGAUCAAGCAGAGUCGGAGAAAGGCAGACCACCUUUCUAAAGUGGCGUGGAGUGGUCUCUAG